AUGUUGACCAAGUCUACAAGUACGAAUGUGGCUGAUUGCAUUGCCGCUAUCCGCGGCCAAAAGAUUCCACGAGACCUUGACACCGUCGUCGUCCGUGCCUCACUCAUCCGUGGUAUCCGCCUCCACUACGCCUUCGCUACUAGUGAUGAAAUCGUCAAACUUAGUACCAAAGACUCACAGGUGGCGAGAGCUCGAAAUGCACGCCUCAUCAUGAGCAAUAGGAUCCCUGAGACAAUUUUGCAGGAGCAGCAACCAUAUUGUAUUUGGCACCCUCAAAUUGCUACUAAAGAAACAUACCGCGAGCUUGUUCAGCGUUAUCCGCAGAUGCGUUAUCAAGUAGGACGGGCUUGCGCGGCUGCUGGUUACUCUGACCUCUAUCAGGAGUUGGAUCUACUACCAGAUGUUACAAUAGCUGAGGAGGCAAGAGAAAGUGGGACUGAUGGUGGCCGCCUGAUCUAUGAAGCUAUCAUGAGUUCUCCCUGUCGCUAUCCCGUUAUGGAUGAUGACAUACGUACCAUUCAACUGGAUGUGCAAUUGCCUCCAGCCUUUUCAAACGGAGAUACCGAGGUACGUUUGGCGCUCUUUUACCGGCCAUAUACACCUCAGACCUUUAUCGAAACACAUCCCGGUAUUGAAGAGGAUAUGCAUAUUGGUGAAGAGUAUGUACCAGGUGAGUUGGGCGGGAUGCUGAAUGAUGAGGAGGCCAAACUCCUACAUCAGCCGCUACCACAAGACCUUCCAACGGUUAGAAAAGAGCUUCUUAUCUGCAUGGCUGCUUUUGAAGGCAAUAUCGACCGCUAUACGAGGUUAAAGCGACCUACACACAUAAUGAAUAAGAACGAAACAUAUUGUGUUGUCCGUGGUAUAUACCACCAUACAAUGUUUGCACGCUGGUGGGCUGAAGAAAUUACACAAGAUACGCCAAGAGCCCAGGCUAUUAAGAAGACCGAUAUGCCACACGCUCCUCUUCUCGCAAUCAAGGAGGCCAUCUCAGCACGGCGCAUCAUGAUCAACGAUCCCCGGGAUUUCCUCGAUGGCUGGCCUGCUGACACACCCCAACCGUACCUCAUUUGGUGGCCGCUCCGGCCCGGCCAAGACAUUCUUUACACCUUAGCCGAAAAGGUGCCAGAGAUGAAAGCCCAGGUAGCCGCCGCAGCUAUAUACUGCGACUACGUCAGUUUAUACAAAUGGAUCCAGCCAACACCGAGCGAACACCUCUGCCUUGCUGCGCGCCUUUCGCCUAAUCCGUUCUAUCUUGAGGACUUGGAGAAGCGAGCGGCGGCACAGAACAUACCCCUUGUGGCAAGUGAACAGGACCUGGAAGUGCAAUGCAUGAUGGCGGACCUAGAACCUACUACCUUCUUCAACUUUUACGAGAAGCAGGAAUUAUACGAUGGUAUUACAGUGAGGGAAGGGCCAUAUUGGGCUGGCUUCGGGCCUGACUGUCGUCUGGCAGAGUUGGCGGUAUGGGAUAGUAUGGGGAUUCCUGAGCCGUGA